AUGAGUUGCCGCGGAAUAACUAAAUUUCUACGAGUCCCAAGGUUGUUGUCUCUUCCAACUUGCUCCUCAAGUACUACUGCGGCUUUUGAUGUAAAUACACCAUUUGGCAUAGUUUUGGACAUCGAUGGAGUGCUGCUGCGCGGCCGUGAUGUUCUCCCACGAGUCCCCGAUGCUUUUCGCCUUAUAACAGAUGAAAAGGGCAACUUUAAAAUUCCUACGGUUUUUCUGACAAACGGUUCAAAUUCUUUACGGGCAGCUAAGGCGAAUUCACUCUCACAGCAUUUAAAAGUUGAAAUACGAGCUCAACAAGUCGUGAUGGCUCACAGUCCUUUGCGAAUGUUCACACAAUUCCACGAUAAGAAGGUGCUUGUGGUAGGACAAGGUCCUGUUAACACAAUUGCUCAAAAUCUUGGCUUCAAGCAAAUCAUAACUUUGGAUGAUUUGCGCACGCUUUUCCCACAUCUUGAUUGUGUCGAUUUCUCGAGAAGAAAAUUUGAUGAGCUUAACUGGCAUCCGCCAGAAGAUUUCCGACCGAUUGAGGCUAUCGUAUUGCUUGGUGAACCUCUUCAUUGGGAAUCUGCACUUCAGCUUUUGCUUGAUGUUUUGAUCACUGGUGGUGAUCCAGCCAGUCUUCAAUACAAACGCGGGAGCAUUCAAUAUCCAAAUUUACCACUUCUUGCAUGUAACGUUGAUAUGGUUUGGAUGGCGGAAAAGGGAGUAAACUUACCAAGAAUUGGGCAUGGUAGUUUCUUGACUUGCCUUGAGGCGAUGUAUGGAAAAUUAACGGGAAGGGAUCUUCGGUACACGGCUGUUUUGGGUAAACCAACUGAGGUUUCUUACUUGCAUGCUACGCAUUGCUUACAAGAUAUGGCUAACGAUCUGCAACAACCCCCACCUAAAGCGGUUUACGUAAUUGGAGAUAAUCCGUUAUCUGAUAUACUUGGCUCUAACCUUUAUAAUCGUUAUCUACAACACGGCGGGAAAGGAAGAUUUGAUCAUUACAACUUGGAUACACUCGAAGAUGAUGGCCCGGCCUCGCAACGGACGCGAGAAAAUGUAGACGAAUGCAUUAGUGUUUUAGUUGAAACCGGUGUUUAUCGCGAGGGUUGCAAGAUUAAUGGAACUGUAAUGCCGAUCAGUAAACUUGUUCAAGAACUUUCAGUCAAGGAGCGUGAAAUGCUUGAGAAACCCGAUUUUGUGGAGAAGGACCUUUAUUCAGCAAUUCGAAUGAUCAUAAACAGAGAGCAGUGGAGGGAU